CAUCACUUUAUGCAUUUCUCUUCACACAUUGACACACAAACACAAACACGGCAUGGAUCGCUUACCCGCACACUUCCGACAAGGCCCUUCUCAAUGGAAUGAUAUUGGGAAUUUCAUCAAUAACCGCCCAAAGAGUGAUGCCAAGGCCCAUUACAGAGCUUUUCGAGACUUUUUGCGUCAGAUUCAUGGCACACCAGAGGCUGGAGAUCUUGAAAAAAGAACUGCUCUUGAGCUUCUCAGCACGGUUACGUUGCCAGACUUCCAAAUCCAAACUUGUUUGAAGAAACAACGAGCUGCUGUUCAAGCCGCCGAAAAUGCAAAAGAAAAAUUACGGGCAAACUCCUUUGCGAGUGCUGCCGCCCUGAUAGUCCAUGCCGAGGACGAACUUGUCAAAGACAUCACAAAGGAGAGGCCCUCAACGAUCAGCCAGUCAGAGGAACUUGUCCGGAAGCGAGCUAGGACCGAGACUCUGGAAGUUGCGUCGUCCUCGUCCUUCUGCGAGCCUUGGGGUUCGCUUAUGAAGAUCAUGCAUGAGAUUCUGCGCCAUGGCCGGUCAGACACACCAAUGCCCUCUGGAGAUGGUUUAUGCCUGACGCGCAAGGUGCUAUACACCUAUAUCCGUGCCCAUCUCGAGGACACUAAAACUGCCCUCCAGCACGAGAAGGAUCUUCUGGUGGCGCUGUCAGGCGUGAUCAAUCUUCGGGCUGCCAAUAUCAAAGACAUGUUCGGCACGCGUCUGAUCAACGACAUCGAGAGAGCAGCACCCAGAGUGCAUCCUGAUGACAGCAUCAGAGACCCGCUCCAAAUGCUAAAGGAAAUUCUCACUAAAUAUGGUAUACAAUAUCUUCGUGAUGAGAUCAGCAUUAUGGAUGCCGAACGUGUAGGCAAGGUGCGGCGGGGAGAACAAGUGCAUCCUUUGCUCAAGAUUGCUCUAGACGUUGUCCGAUUCCUGUAAGUUUUAUAUCUAUCUGUCAUCGCCUCAUUCUUUCGUACACUUUUAUCGAUUGCAUCUAGCUUUGAAUUUUAUAUUCGUUAGAGUGGACAAAAUUAUUACAGGAACAUUUGGCGAGUCUGAGCAUGCAGUUGUCUCAACGU